CGGAUCAUUUCUCGUUUUUUUGUUUUGUUUUGUUUUUGCCCCUGAGGAACAGUCUACAGGAACACGGAUUGAUGAUAUUUUAAGUUGUACAGUUGCGCAACAGUGAGAGCAGCUCGAGUCCGCCCUCCUUUGGCUCCCUGUGACUGGUCGGCUCCGGUGUCACUCAGACGGAGGGGGGCGCACCGCUAAUUUCUAUAUGCCUCUCUGUCAAAUUGGAGCUCAGAUUGCCUUCUCAUGUGCGACUGUCAGCAGCAGCAGCAGCAGCAGCAGCAACAGCAGCAACAGACUCCGUCAGGGAUUCCUGUGCGCAUUUUCAGCAGAUCAGAAGCUGGAAACGACCUUUUUUUUUGCUCUGAACUGGAUAUUUCUGCCACUUUACGCAUCCGAGGACUUGAGUCCGGUGGUGUUUUCCCGUCAUAAAUUAAAGUCUCAUUGGAGAAAAGUCAACACUGAAGUUCACAGAAAGGCUGUACAACUUUGGAAAACCUCCAGGUUUGGAGUUCAUACAUGACAGGAGCGGAUUCUCGGUUUUAUUGUUGUUGUUAUUUUAUUUUAUUUUUUGGGGGGAAUCGUACGAUUACUUUUGAACCAUGUUCAGCAAGUGUCCUGUCCUCCUCCUCCUGAACGUCCUGUUUCUGGUCCGCGCUCUCUCCGCUCAUGAGUGCACGCCGUGUCAUCUGCGGACUUGUCCGCUGAAAGCCGCUCACGGCUGCGAAGGUGGUCGGACUCCGGUGAAGGAUCCGUGCGGAUGCUGCGACCAGUGCGCCCGCCUGGAGUGGGAGCCCUGCGGCGGACAGGACUGGACGCACGGCUACUGCGCCCUCGGGCUAACGUGUGCCUCCUUCAACAGCACCGAGGCUGCCACAAUCCCGGAGAUCGGAGUAUGUAAAGUACUCCCUGACUACCCAGAGGCUGGCCUCGAAGACGAGCGCUGCCCCCUAGUAACGGGCUGUGACACAGCAGGAGGACAGUGCGUGUGUGACGCCCGUCACUCCUGUCUGGGCUCCUUCACUUACCCCGACCAAGAAACCUGUAUGAAGUCAUUCAAGUCAGAGGGUCGGAGGCACGAGCACAGGGAGAGACACAGAGAGAAGUAUGUGGGACCGUCCAACCCGGCCUGCAUGUUCUCGGGCUGUAACCUGACCACCGAGGGCUGUGUGUGCGAGUCUCAGAGCUGCCAUCACCACUUUGCCUACAUCAACCGCAGCCAGUGCCAGGAAGCCGCAGAGGAGCUGAGGUGUGCCCGGGUGACAUGCCCUGCUGUGCAGGUGCCCUCCUGCCCCCAUGGUUCAGUGCUAACCAAGAGUUACACGCCCCCUGCUGGCUGCUGUCCAUCCAUACAUCCCCAGUGCACAUGCGACUUCCACGCUUGCCCUAAGCCCCAGUGCCCCGGCGGGCAGAAAGCCGUGCGGCUCACUCGGGCCAGUGGUCAGCCGGGAGACUGCUGUGACGUCUUCGAGUGCCAAAAAGUCUCUCCCAAGUGCGUCCACAACGAGAAGGAGUUCUCAGAGGGUGAGGUGUACCGCAUGGACCCCUGCUGGCUGUGUCAGUGUCGAGGAGGAAUCUCCUUCUGCUCCAAAGCCGAGUGUGCGGAGCUGGACUGUGAAAACUUCUACAUUCCUGAGGGGGAGUGCUGCCCUGUCUGCAUAGAUGUGGAGCUGCUGUCCAUGGACAGCACAAAGGCCAGCUGCUGGGUGAAUAACAAGCUCCGGGCACAUGAGGAGCAGUGGAAAGAGGAUGACUGCACCUUCUGCCAGUGUGUGGACGGGGAUCCACACUGCACGGCCAUGGCCUGCAAACAGAGCUGUCAAAACCCUGUCAAGAUCCCCGGAGAAUGCUGCCCCUUCUGUGAAGAGCCUUCGUACGAGACAGUCAGCCCCUUGCUGUGUCCCCCUCUGGAGAACUGCUCCCUAUCAGGGAACGAGUGUCCCUAUGGCUUUGAACAAGACACAAACGGAUGUCUCCUCUGUCAGUGUCUCGGCAAUGACUCCUGCCCCGAACUGGGAAAAUACUGUUCCCUGCAAUGCCCGAUGGGAUACGAGAGGGACGAUUUUGGCUGUGAGGUGUGCGAGUGCAGCAUCCCCACGCCGAGGUGCCGACCUCUGACCUGCAGUAAAACCUGCCCUUAUGGAUAUGCGAGGAACAAGCACGGCUGCGAAAUGUGCCGCUGUGUCAAGUGCCCUCCCUUCACCUGCGACAAGCACUGCAUCAACGGCUACCAGCAGAACAAGAAGGGUUGCUCCGUCUGCAUGUGCAAAGAGGGUAGCCCCAUUCCAAGGACCACCCCCACGCUGCCCGUACCCAAGUACUGCCUCACCUCCAACGGUCACAGAUAUGAGGAAGAUGAAGGAUGGCAUGACGGAUGUCGUGACUGCUACUGUCACUCUGGACGGGAGAUGUGUGUUCUUAUUACCUGUCCUGUGCCCAACUGUCCUCAACCAGUGGUCAGGCCUGACCAGUGCUGUCCCACAUGCGAAGAUGAGUCAGGCAGUGGUCAACCAGAUGGGAUGGACAUGGUGGUGUGCAGAGCACCAGGGGGGGAGUUUUACGUGGAGGGGGAGACCUGGAACUUGGACGAGUGCACCAGCUGCACCUGCCGGGGGGGUCGCGUCCUGUGCGACACGGAGGUGUGUCCACCAGCUCUGUGUCAGACCCCCACCAGAAACAAGGACACCUGCUGCCACGUAUGCCCAGAGGAGAGCCCACUGCUACCUGUCAACAACAACGAGCAGGAGUACUGCAUCACCAAUGACGGAGACGUGCUACUGAACGGAGACUCCUGGAAGGCGAACGCCUGCACCAGCUGCACCUGCAACAACGGCACCAUUCAGUGCUUCUCUCAGCACUGCCCAGCUGCCAACUGCAGGGUGCCCGUCUUACGCAAAGGCCAGUGCUGCCCAUACUGUAUUGAUAUGACAACGUUGGUGCCAGUGACGGUGUCCACCAGUGGUCGUGCUGCUACAGUGAAGAGUGCAGUGUUGACAACCACUGUGUCACCACUGCCGCCCAUCAUCGCAGAUACAGAUGAGCCAGGUUUGGGCGAGAACUAUCCCAGCCACACAGAGAUGACGCUCAUCUACCAAUCAGCUGCCUGGAUCCUGGCUGGUCUGCUUCUGGCCAUCAUCAUCUUCCUCAUUGUAGCCUUGCUCAUCAACAAGAAAAAGAAGUGGGUUCAGAUGUCGUGCUACAGUGCACCAAAGAAGACGGUAAUCCUGAAAAAGCACGUAAACAAGAACUCGGUGGUCUACAUGGAGCCGUCCAAGGAGAACAAAUUCCAAAACGUGAAGAACGACUGUGGCAUCAUUCACUUCUCUCCCGACAUGACCAACCCCUGCUUGGACAAGAUGACCAUCCCGAGGGCCAAGCUGAGCGCGGGCAACAACUGGACAUCGUACUAGAGCACAGACGUCUGGGAUUCUGCAGAUCAGAGCUGAACAGAGCCCCGCCCCCCCAUCCAAUCUCCCUCACUGCUGUAUCAAAGGUGAUUCACGGACGUGUCCACGUCUCAGGCACCAAGCCCUGUGACCUCCCUCUUAUCAGUUCCACAGUUCAACUGAGGAUGCUCUUGUUGUGGGAUGUGCUUUUUUAUUUUAAACUGUGCCGAAUUUUUUAUAUAUAUAUAUUUGGGGUCUUUGGAGUGGAGCGAAACUCCACCCAAACAGCCCAACUUUGAAGGUGGACGGACAUCGUAACGGACACGGAGCCUCCAUCGUCUGCUUUAAAACAGAGGAGGCAGCCAGUGAGACUUUGACUGUGAAACAUAGUAACGUUGUUGCCUUUUUUUUUUCUGCCUUCGUAAAAAAAACUGGAACUUUUGAGGAGGGACUAAAAAAAUCUUUAGGAUAGAGGUUUGAUCUGUAGGUUAAUCAGGGAACAUCGUACGAGUUCUACGGUGUUCCACGGAUGUAAUCAUUAUCAACAACAGGGAGGCCAAAGGAACUGAUGUUCCAGGAGGAACAACCUGGGUACAGCAUCCAAAUGAAGUCAACAGGCUUUACACAGACUACAAUGAAGUUGCUACAUCCAAAAUCCCUGCUUUACGAUGUUUGCUUUUCCAUUUUUUGUCUUUUUGUAAAUUUCUAUGAAAUGUGUUUGUUCUAGUCCCAACGUUGUUCUUGGCCACCUCUCUUUUCUAUCAUGCUUGUCUCCAUCUGGGCCAGAUUGAGGCAUUUGAAAAAUCUAGCCCAUCCAAACAUUCCCCGGUCAGUUUGAGAAGAACAUGUUUGUAUUGUCCAACAACCAAAGUAAUUCCAUGCAGACAAGUCUACAAACAAAACCACAACAGUGCCAUGAAGACUCUGAAACUCUGAAAUACAAUAACCAUCAAUCCCUGCAUUUCCACUCUGCCCUGAAGGGACGCCGCUCUUCAAGAUGGAACAAAAAAAAAAAACAUCCCUUGUGCUUUAUCUCGUCAGAAAUCACAGGAAUGUUUUAUUCAUUCAUAAAGAAUGUCGACUUUUUCUAACCACAGAGGAGACAAAAACAGUACCAGACGCCUCAUGUGAACCUGCGAGGAAUGACUGUCGUACCAAAACCUCACAUCACACACAUCUGGUCAUGUGACCAAUAUCUCUUCAAAUGCCUUCUUUCUAUAUUCCUGGUCCUUUACUCUGAUGGUUUCCCCCUUUGCAUUUUUCAGCUGUGUUAGUGCAUAUCCAAAAAGAAAAGUAAUUUGUUCUGCCAUUACAGGGGGUCCUCGACAUACGCCAGAGUUCCGAAACUCACGUAAUGUACAUUAUACUGAUGUCGUUCGCCAACCUAACACAGUGGUAACAUCAUAAUCCAGGACAUAAAAACAUCAGAAAAGUAUGAUUUAUGCUUAGGAGCCAUAAUGAAGGACAAAAAGUAAAAAAAAAAAAAAACAACACAAAUAGAAUGUAGCACAAUCGUACAACAAGCGAAUGUAAACAUGGGCGUCUUCCGCAUAUAACUUCACGUGACAACAUAUUUGUCUGCUCCAGUUUUAACACUGUACGUCGGAAUACUGGAACAAGACUUUUUCAAUAGAUUUAUGGGCGAUAAAUCCCAUGAAAGCCGUAGGUCAAGGACGACAAAAACCGAGGACUUCCUGUAGUCAAAUUUUUCUGGUAAAUUACACAAUCCGGGAACACAGCUGCUUCAGAGGAGCCUGUUUGUACCUGUUAAUAACUCCACAUCAGAUACAUAGCACUUUUUUUAGAGCCAGUUUUUUCUUUGUUUGUUUGUUUGUUUGUUUUUUCAGCACCCCACUGCAGGAUUCUCAGAGGGAUUUGAUAGUCAAGUACAACACGGAAAACCACUCCAGAGAACGUGCGGUGGUAGCCUGAGGCUCCACUCCGAUCUGAUCACUACGCCAAGCAUUACGAAGCGAGAUAGCGUUUCGUAGAAGAAAAAAAAAACACUCGUUUGAAUUACAAUCCUCCAUCCACCGCCAACUUCUCUGUACAAAGAACAUUCUGAUGCCAAAAGUCUGUGGAGACCAAUUAUUUGUGAAAAUGUUUUGGUAGUUAAGUAUAUUUAUCCGGUGAAACAUGACCAUGUGCUUUAAAAUGAAGAGGUGACUAAAAGCUUACACAUUUUCUUGUUCUUUUAUGUGUAAAAAAUGUAGUCUAAAUUAGUAGGACUGAGGAGUUCCUUAUUUAUUUUUUCCACAUAGCUUUAUUUAUUGAUACUAAACUAUAGUUUGAGAACUUUUUUUUUUUUUUUUUAAAUGAACCUUUGGUAGCCCAAGCUGCUGUACAUCGUAGACCAUUUACCAUUUGUAUCUGCUAUAUUCAACUCAGCCUUAUUUAUUUCACCGUUGCCGACUUUGUAAAUAUGUUUCUUAGAUGAUGAACUGUAACAUUUACACACUAUUUUGGAAAUAAAUGUGUGAAUCAGA